GCAUUUCUAAAACAACGUUUUUUUAUGCCGUAGUAAAAUGCCAGUUCCGAAGCACACUCGCUCAGUUAAACUACAAGUGGAUUAUCGAAAAAUCUCUGUAGAACAACUAUCCGAACGUAUUUUUUUGCACAAUCCUCGUGUAUUUGGCUUCUCUCAUCGCUCCCUUAGUAGUUUACGCCACCCUCGUCUCCCUUUAGUUCUUGAAUGUCUGAAGUGGACUGCUAAUAAAGAGAAAAAAAAUGUAAGUGCAUUACUUGAUAUGUUUCAAGCUAGUGCAAUUGAUGCUGAUAAGUGGGAAAGGGCCGCAACUGUUUUUGAUAAAAAAAUGGAUGCUCCAGUUUUUGACAAACCACGGCAGCAGCUCAUUCUUUCGAGAGAAAUUAUACAGCAACUGGAGAUCUUAUGGUGUUUUCUUGUCGAUGGUAAAAGCAGCGCCAUCACUGAGGAUGUAUACAAAAUUUUUCAUAAUAGUUUAUAUACAUAUUUUCUUGGUGUAGAUGAAGUGAGUGUGCAAACAGCCUGGCUUUCCUCAGUAAACGCUGAUUUCUUAUGGGAUUGCAGAAAUGGUCGAGAUGUUAACUUUGAGGCCUUUUGCUUGUCAAUGCUGGAGCUUGCGGACAACUGGACGCUCUCACGAGAACCCGAGGAUUUUAUUGCCUUUCUCAAGGACAUCGUUUCUUUCACAGUUCUACCGCGGAAGCCAUCAGGGCUUGAUAGUCGCUAUUCAUUUUCUCUGAAUAAUGGAAUUUUUUUUCUGGGGGGAUAAUAGAAAAAGUACUCCACGACGGUCGUAUCGAAUAUCAAAAGUUAGCCAAAUAGUGGGCAAAGGACAUUUUCCAUUUCCCCUCCUUCUCAAGUGAAAAAAGUUUGCUUGAUACAAUAUGUAAUAUGUCAUUAUUAUCAAA